GCAGCAUUCGAGAUAUUCACUUCGUUCUUGACGCUGCCGUGGUGCGGUUCAGUUUUCUUCCACUGCGCGGAACCGCGCGCUGUGUGUGCCUUUUGAAGCAGAGAGCGCUCGAGAGAGAGAGAGAGAGAGAGCGUGCGCUCGCUCCGAGAAACGACUUGUAUUUUGACAGUUGAGUUUGCCGUGGGUGUGAGACGGAAAGAGAAAAUAGCCGUGUUAACGCAAGUGCGCGAGAGGAAAGAUAUAUCGAACGACGGGCAGAAAAAUAAACGUACAAACGGGUCGACGGGUCGGUGGUGUGUGUUGUACUGGUUAUAUCGUCGUUCGCUGUUGUAGUUUUUUUUUCUUCUGCUGCUCUCGCCCGUGCGCUUGGUUUUGCGCGAAAAGUGUGACUUUUUGAAUUGAUUUUUCACCACCAAUUGUUCACCGACCGGAUUAGAUAAGUAGCGCAAACGAUUGGUGUGAAGGAAAAUUGUACCAAACGGUAGUCGGUGCAUGCAGGGUAAAGCGGCAACCAUUAGAAAACCCCAAGUAAAGUGUUUCCCGUUUUGUUGUGGCUUCUGGGUAGGCGAGCGGUAUGGGAGGUAAUAAUUAGCAAAACGGACGGAAUCCCCCCAUCUGUGCGCGUGUGUGUGUGUGCGUUACCAUAACAUCUGUGUGGGAAGAAAAAUAGAACGGGUUGCUUUGCUUUCGUAACGCAAGAAAAACAGAGCAGCAGCCGCAGACGGAAAGAGGAAAUACACUCAGCAUGGUACUGUGUGCGAGUCGUUGGUGAGUUGGUGUGAGUGCCGAACCUCCUCCCCCCCCCCCUAAAAGGGACGCAACAAUAACAAAAGCCUCCCUUCGCCGCCAGGCCCCAACGCAGUAAAAUUAAUCAAACUCCGUGGGUUGCACCGUUCGCGCUCGUGUGUGUGUGUGUCUCCCCCGUUGUGACGCGUACGUCCGCAGUGUGUUUCUAAGUGUGUGUGUGUGUGCGCGGGUACUAUAGCACACACAGGCGUGGGUGGCUGUGCCGUUCCGUUGUGGGUGUUGCGUGUUUUGGUCUCGUGUUGCGCGUGGCUGUGUAGUGCGACGAAGAUUCACAGCAUCCGAUCGUGUGCGCAUCCUCUCGAGAAAGCGAGACUGUAGGGUUCCCCCGGUCCGUCCCGAGGCAGCAAACAAAACAAAAACAGUUUGUUGGCCCUUGCUUGCCUUGAAGGAGGAGGAAAGAAGUAGAAGCAACAGCGCUCUACCGACAACGGGUGCUUUUUCACGGUCCGGGAGUUUUCCGGGAAAAGUUCCAAUUACACAGGGAGAGGGCAUUGCAAAUGCUUGUUCUUCGCGUGACGUCGUUUUAUAUAAGCACACGAUUUUCCUAGAAGCUAGAAGUCUUCUGUAUGUGUGUGUGUGAGUGCGCCUCGGUGGAAGAAGCGAAAAUACCUGACAAAUCAAAGCAUCCAUCUGUGCCACAGGAUUUAACCAGCACCUUCAUCCCCCCGCUGGUAUGGUGUUGGGGUGGUGGUGAAGAAAACACCUCUCCCAACGAUGGCAGUAGGCGCAGCAGCAGCAGCAUCCCUACCGACCACCGAACGCCGUGAACGCGAUCUGCAUCAGCAGCAGGACGAAGACACCGGAGGCAGCGAGAGCGAGACAGCCGCCGUGAUGUGUUGCAGUGAAAGGUUUUGAGGGCGACAGAGUAGUAGUGUGCGGAAAAGGCGAAAACUCUCGCGAAAAUUUGCGUUCAGUUACAACGGGCAGGAAGGGGAAUGAAGAGGGUACGGGUGUGUGCGCGCGUCUCUAUACCCCCGUGUCGAUGAAUGCUGCAAAUUGUCAAACCAAACGCCACAGUUGCCUUACAAACGACUGAGCUGCUGAGUCGUUCCGCGGAGAGAACGAUUUUGUAAUAAAACAAAAAGCAAAAAGGUGCACAAAAAAGAGUUGGGGAGGAAAAGUGGGUGGUGGUUUUGGGAAUCGAUCGUGCACCGAAACCCAAAGAUUGCGGUGCGACCACGCGCGAUCACGCGAUCUAGACGAUACCGGAGUGGGGAGAGUAGUAGUAACACGCCGGGGAGAGGAGAGGAGAGCGUUAGUGUGUAAAAAUAAAAAUGCUCCGAUUAAUUGCCACCAUCCUUGCCGUCGUUGGCAUUUGGUUGCCGCAAGUCGCGUACGGCGGCGUUCGUUCGGACGACGGUGACACGCUGCCAAUACUGCCCCAGGCCGGGCCGUCCGGUGGCAACUUUUGCCAGCGGCACUGCCCCUGCCUGGGAAAUGCCAUCGAUUGCUCGAAGAAGAACCUCAAGACGCUGGCCGUGCCGAUGCCGAGCUGGGUAGACAAUCUCGAUCUGGCGUCCAACCGUCUGAGCCACGAAACGAUUUCGACGCAAUUGCGAGACCUUGGGAAGUUACAGGAGCUGAACUUAAACAACAAUCGGCUACAUCGCUUGCCCGUGUUGAUGGGCGUUCGAAAUCUUACCAAGCUGAUCGCGAGCAACAAUCUAAUCGAAACGAUCGACGCUGAAGCGUUAGCGGGCCUGCCGGCGUUGAAGUUUCUCGACCUAUCGCGCAACGCCAUACAGGAGGUGCAGUACAGCUCGUUUCCGGUGAAAAACAAUCUACAGUAUUUGAACUUGAACUUCAACAAGCUGGUUGUUCUAACGAAAGGGACAUUCAAUCGGCUGCAAUCACUGAAAAGACUUGAAAUCAGCAGUAACGGUUUGGAGGAAGUACAAAGUCUCACCUUUCAAAAUUUGAACCAGCUGAAAAAUCUGAAGCUGAACAAUAAUCGCAUUCCAGCGCUGCUGGAUGGCGUAUUUCAUGGGCUGAUUGCGAUAGGCACGCUGGAGCUGAACAACAACAGCAUCAGCACGAUACAUAAGGGCGGAUUCUUUAAUCUGACCAGCCUCACCAACCUCGGCCUGGCGCACAAUCGGAUAGAGGAAAUUGAGCAGUCCGGGUGGGAAUUUACGCCGAAGCUGAUCAGUUUGGAUCUGUCGUACAACCAGCUGGAGUCGCUGGAUCGUUCCACGUUCGAGGAACUGUCGGAUUUGCAGACGCUCAACCUGCAAGGCAAUCGCAUCGCGGAGAUUGGCGAGGGUACGUUCAAUGAGACAACAUCGCUGAAAACGCUGUAUUUGAGUGGAAAUCGCAUCUCGGAGACGAUAGAGGACAUGUCCGGACCGUUCACCGGGCUCGGCAAGCUUGAACGGCUGUACUUGAACGCGAACCAGAUCAAAUCGGUCAGCCGGAAUGCAUUUCUGGGCCUGAAAUCGUUGACACUGUUGGAGCUGAGUCAAAAUAACAUCUCCUCGAUACAGAGCAAUUCCUUCCGAGAUACACCGCAGCUAAAGAACCUGAUAAUGAAUUCGACAAAUUUGAUUUGUGACUGUAAUUUAAGAUGGUUUUAUCGCUGGAUAAGGGAUAGGAGCAACGUGUUUCAGAUCGAUGCCGAAUGCAUCUAUCCGAUAUGGUUGCGAAAUCGGUUAAUUCGAGAACUGCACUCGUCAAACUUUACGUGCUAUGAUUCGCCCAAACCUCACCUGAUCGAGGAACCAGAGUCCCAGCUCGGUAUCCGGGGCACUAACGUGUCGCUGGUGUGCACGGCCACAUCAACAGCAGCGGAUCCGAUGUCAUUCAAGUGGAAGCAAGACAAUGCGGAGCUUUCCACCGACCAGUACACGACGCAUCAAAUAAACAACGAAAACGGCACGAUCGGCACAACAGAGCUGAUCAUACCGAACAUACAGCAGGCGGGUGCCGGCAAGUAUCAGUGCAUCAUCACGAACAACUACGGUGUGGUGUACUCGCCGAAGGUAAAGGUGACCGUCGGAACGUAUCCCAAGUUUCGCAAGACCCCGUCGGACGUGAGCGUCGAGCCGGGAAAGGUGGCCCGGCUGAACUGUGCCGCGAUGGGUGAUCCGAAGCCACAGAUUUACUGGGAAAAGGAUGGCGGGAAUGAUUUUCCCGCGGCCAAGGAGCGCCGAAUGCACGUCAUACCGAACGAGGACGCGUUUCUCAUACUAAACGUGCAGCUGGUCGACAUGGGCGUGUACAGCUGUACGGCAGAAAAUCCGGCCGGUGUUAUACGCGCCAAUGCUUCCGUGAUUGUGCUGGAAAGCGAAACGGCAGUACGGCCCGUCACCAACCUGGAGACGGCAAUCGGUAAAGCCAGUGUGAUCGAGUGUAAGGUGAGUGCCUCGCCGAAACCGGUAAUAUUUUGGCUGAAGGACGGAGAGCCAAUAGGGCUUACGGAACGGCACUUCAUUACGGGCGAGGGUCAACUGCUGGUGAUCGUCGACACGGAGCAGACCGAUGCUGGACUGUACGAAUGUCGGUUCGAGAAUGAAAUCAUUAGCGAAGGGGGCUCCACCCGCCUGACCGUGGUCGACGGACCGGAGGAUAUGCAUGGCUCUGUGUUGGGCGAAACAGGGACGUACGGUGCUGGUGGUGGUGGUGGAGGAGGUGUGCUGGAGGACGUGCAACUGCAUGCAAAAAUGCUCCACUCUUGGGUGGCAAUAGGGUUGGCUCUCAUCGGUUGCAUCGUGCUGACCUCGUGCAUCUGGAUGUGCUGUUUGUAUCGUAUGCAGAAACGCAUUCGCCGAGGUGGUAGCGGUUGCCCGAAGGAGACGGAACUCGAUCUUGCCACUGGAAUGGAGAUAAAUCAGCCAAACUUAAUUGUGCGCAGCGGUGUCGGUACCUCCACUACGCCCGCUGGCUAUUUUGAGUAUUUGAUUCCCAUGGUACGCAGCGGCGAGGCAACGAGCAACGUGGAUGACGACGGUGAGAGUGCCGACGGGGGUACGAUCGGGCGCAAACACGAGGGCUUCUAUACGGCCGUUUCCAAAACGAAUGUACGCUCCACCGAGCUUGACCUAGACGAUCUGGACGAUGAUCUGUCGUCGAAGGAUUCGGGCACUGGUGGGGACUGUGCUUCGGCUACCGGUUCGACAAAUGCUGCCCAUCGCGGCAGUCAGGAGGAUCUAAAGUGUUUGCUGCUACAUUCGCUGAACCGAAAGCACACCAGCGAGCAGGAGUUAAGUCACCAGAAGCAGCCGUACCAGCUUUCGAGGCGAUCGGAAGCACUCGUUUUACCCGGGGCGCACAGCGAUCCGGACGACGAUCCACGAUUGGAGCCUCCGCCGCCGAUACCGCCAGUCAAUGUGACUACUGCUGUGCUGAUGGUUGGGUCAGUCGAUAGUAAUGCACCCGGGGCGGAGGUGAUACAGCGGGACGAUCGCUUACCCGCACGUGCGGCACACAUAGCAACUCGCAUGCCAAACUCACAAACCUUCCCUGUGUUCACGCAACCCACCAGCAGCUCGGUACCGGAAUCGGCAUUACGAACAUCCUCGCUGGAAGCGUCGGCCGAUCCAAUGCUUCCGCCAAAAAAGCCAGCACCACCACAGCAGCAGAUACAGGUAAAUCAGCUGUAUCAGUUGCUGCUGGAAAACCCACGAUUGGUGGAAAAGCCGGCCAAAUAUAGAACCAAAUCGAUGGACCAGUGUCACGAUAUGGACGUUCGUCCUGCUUCAGCCAGCAGUGGCAUUGGCACGGGAAGUAGCAACGGCAGUACGAUGAAUGGCGAGUUUCCCAGCGAGCAACGCCAGCUAUCGUCGAGGAUGGUGACGGACGCUAGACGGAAAGUGAAACGGUAGAGCUUCAUCCACAGUUCCAUCUGCUAUAAUAGACCGUGAAAGGUCGACCCAUAGACACUCUCCUUAAUGAUUGUAUUUCUCUACGAAGAAUGUACCGUUUAAAGCAGCUGGUCUGCUGAUUCGUGAGAAACGUCAAUAUUUAUUAUCCAGUGAUUAUUACAAUCCUACACUAGCUGAUAACGUUUCGCUCCUAUCCAAACCGAUACUGCUCAAAAUUAUUACUUCAUUACGUAAAUUUCUUAACGGUGUGCGCGUGAGUGUGUGUGUGUGUGCGUGUGGAAUGGUGAUCGUCAUGAGCACAAUGUUCAGCGAACUUAAUAAUUUAUUACGUCUCUUUGGGUGCCUUCUACCAUUCAUUCCAAAUUUAUUCGUAAGAAAACGUUGCUAAUUUUACGUUGUAAGAUUUGCAUCAACAAGAGUGUGGCGUGAGCAUGUAGUUCAUUACAUACGUUAGCCUUGAUCGAUUGAGUGACAUUAUGCGCAUAUGUAACCACUUUAUGAAUUGUUCCUUGCAUUAGCAUUAUAAAACUUCUGUUUUAAUCAAGCAACCGAUUGCUUUUAGUCAAAUUUAUGUAUUACUGGACUUCAAAAACGGAAGAAGAGUUGCCAGCAUAUCCCGGCAACACGUUGUAGGCAGCUAGCGGUGCAGCAAGAAAACAAAAUACCAGUUCCUUCAAUGUUCGUAGGAACAUCAUCGAUAAGCUUAUUCGGAACAAAAAUCACAUGACAAAAUGAUAACCCCUAACAAAACAAGAGCGUAGGUUCAUAAAAAAAGACUGCUUUAGUGGGAGAACGGCACUUAUCCAAUUCUAAUUUCUUUACUUUAUACGCUGUAAAAAUUUGCCGAGCAAUGCCUUAAAAAAUGAAAGAAUUUUCUUUAAAAUGAGCGCAAAAUAUUUGCAAAAGAUAUACUAACUAUUUACUUUGAUACGGGACAAUGCGUGCGGUAUAAGCUCUUGCCCCUUAACCGGUGCCUGAUAAAUUAUGUUUGAAAAGCAACAAGAUUGUAAAAGUGCCACAAAAGACAACAAGACGCUGUUUGAUAGGUCGUAAGCAUAGAAGGAGCGAGAGGAACAUAAUUUUAGGCAACUCGAUUGCAGUGAAUGUUUUGCGCACUGUUACAGAUUUAGCACGAUUUUUGAAUAAGUGUUUCAGUGUGGUAAACGUUUGAUUUCAACCAGAUAAAGAUAACACCUGUAUGUACGGUACCACUGGUCGUGAUCGUAGAAAACAAAAGUUGCAUCGAGCAAAACAAAAUUAGAAUACGAGAAGCAUGAUAUUGUGCUAGUUUGAGCGUGUUUUAAAUAUGUGUGAUAAAAACAAGUUUCUUAAAUUACUACCAUGCUUUCAAAAAACAACAAAAUGCCUUAAGACUUACUUAAAAGAUUGGCUACUAGCAGUGAGUGAAUUUAAAUUGUUUGGUUAGAAGUUAGGUUUGCAGCUUUGUAAUCGUUUUGCUUUGUUUGUAUAUGUUUGCCCCUCACCUCUCCCUCUAGUACCAAGUGACGAGUUUCAGAAUGGGAUGAUCCUUACGAUGUUAUUAUUCUAAGAUUUAUUUGUUAGUUGAUUUGAAACUGUGAUGUUUAUUUCUGUUUAAUUACCCAGGCAACGCUACAGCGUUUCGUAAUGAUAAACUAGUGUUAAUCUGUAGCAUUAUGGCUGGAUUUUCCCCCUCUCAACACACAAAAUUGUCGCAUUUAUUGGUCAUCUUGUUACCCACUAUAGAGCACUUGAACUUCAAUUGUAAUGUCAAAAUUUCACUAAAUCUAAAAAUUUGAAAGCUACUAAUAUUAUAACAAGUCAAUGCUACAGAUCUGCGCUACCUGUGUAGCCAAAUUGGUUAGGUAUUAGGAACACAAAUGCCUUCAUAGAGAAUAGUGAAUGCUUUUACCCACUACACAUUAUCAGUUAAUUGAACGAUGGUUUAAAAUUUUACCUUUACAUUGCAUAAUGUGCAUUGAAAAGUUGUUCUUGUCAAUGACGUGUUGCGCUUAGUCUUCUUUUAGUGACAGAACUCUUACACUCGCAAUGGGAUCGAGAGGCUUGUAAUAGACGUAAUGUUUUGAAUUAAUUUUAAACCAAAGAUUGCCAUUUUGCUGUAUAAUCAGAUACAAUAUGUUGUUUUUUUAAAGAAGCACAUUGAAAUCAGAUGUAGGAGAGUAAAAUAUAAUGUUUGGAAGGCAGUUGUUUAAGCGUGACGCUCCGAUACAUUUGAUUUGCUCAUCUGAUUCUUUGGAUUUUGUUUUUUCCUAAUAGUGUUGAAGUAACGUCAGAAGUGUUAUGGCACAUCAUGGAACAUCGUUUAUAGAACAUGAAGUGAAUAAAUGGCUUAACAGGAUUUCGGGCAGCUUAUUCAUAAAUCACGAUAUAGCCUUAUUGUAGCAGUAUUUGAUUAAUUUUAUUCAACUUAUGCCGCUCAAUUUACAAGAAUUUCCAAGCUCGCUAAAACACAUCCUCUCUUUGCUAUAUCCUUGCUAUGCACUUGGUUCAACAAAUGCUAGUUAGGAAUUAGUUUGUUCAAAAUCGAAUAUUUAAAAUUAUAAAUUGCAAUCACCCAGCAUCCAAACAUUUGGUAGUUUAAAAAAAACUAAAAACAUAAAUUCCUCUCUUGAAUACAUCAAACAAACCAUCACCAGCAGUGCUUGCUCGUAUGCUAAUGCAUACAUUUUUAGCUUAAACGAAUUAAAAAAAAACUAUUCUGAAGUCGAACUACAAUUAGGAUUCAACAAUGACCUUAAAUCGAAUCAUGUAACUCCAUGAAUUACAUAAUUACAAUAACAACCAACCAAUAGCGCGUGAUAAGAUGACCAUGCAACGGAUCGUGUAAACUACAUUCAAAUGCUGUGUGGCAUCUGGCGAUAAAACAGUGUAAUAUUUAUCGUACUUCAUCCGGAAGUGUAUCCUUACGAGGAAAAUAAUAUUUAUAAAAAUAACACAAAAGUCAGUUUAUGAGUGGAAAUAAAAAUGUUUGUAAAAAUCAUUAA